CCACUUUUCUGGCAAAUGCUGAAAAAGCCUCUAAACUUCAGUGCAUGGCUCUUGGAUCCUCUUCAAGAAACUAAAUCCACCUUGGAAGAAGAGUAUUCUGAAGUAGAUUUUCCCACGUUAACAAACGAUCACCAUUUACCUGUUCCCGUACCUGAUGUCCCCUCCUCACCAUGUACAGAAUUUCCUGUAGACUGGAGUAUUAAAACUCGAAUUCUGUUCACUUCCUCCCAACCUUUCACUUGGGCAGAACAUUUAAAGGCUCAAGAAGAAGCACAAGGGUUUGCUCAGCACUGUAGAGCAACAGAAGUUAACCUGCCACAAAGCAUACAGGAACCAAAGCUGUCCACAGAGCUUCGCUGUGCAUUCCAGCAAAGCCUUAUUUACUGGCUUCACCCUUCGCUGCCAUGGCUGCAGCUGUUCCCUCGAAUUGGAGCAGAUAGGAAAAUAGCUGGAAAGGCUAAUCCUUGGUCCCAUGAUGAAGAACUGCAACAAGUUCUAAUGAGUGAAUGGUCCGUCAGUUUUACUUCCCUGUAUAACCUGCUCAAAGCGAAGCUUUGUCCCUACUUCUAUGUUUGUACCUACCAAUUUACUGUGCUGUUUCGUGCGGCUGGCCUUGCAGGAAGUGAUGGUAUCACAGCAGUCAUUUCACCCACGACCAGGGGUUUAAGAGAAGCCAUGAGAAAUGAAGGUAUAGAAUUUUCUUUACCUUUCAUAGAAGAAACUAGAAACCGAAAGCAGAGAAGUUCUGAGACAAACUUGGAAGCAGAAGUUGCCAAGAAUUCUGAAGUAGGCAAGCACACUGAAGAUGAAGAGGAACAAGGAGUGAGUGAUGAUGAAGAAAGUUUUUCUUGGCUUGAGGAGAUGGGAGUUCAAGACAAGAUUAAAAAACCAGCUGCAAUUUCUAUCAAACUUUGUAAAGAAAAACAUGAGGUGCAAAUGGAUCAUAAACCUGAAUCCUUGGCAUUGGUGCGAGGAAUAAACGCAUUCACUUUAUUAAACUUCUUGAUAAAUUGCAAGAGUUUAGUGGCCAGUGCAGGUCCUCAAGCUGGGCUUCCACCAACGCUGCUGUCCCCAGUUGCUUUUCGAGGCGCAACAAUGCAAACACUCAAGGCUCGAAGUAUAAACGUGAAAACCCAGGUUCACUCAAGUUAUAAGGAUAUAUUUAGUUUGGAGAUCAUGGGCCCUGUCAUGCCUCAUUCCCUGCACUCAUUGACGAUGCUGCUCACAUCUGCCCAAAAAGGAGCCUUUUCUGCUGUACUGUACACCCAUGAGCCCACAGCAGUGUUUAACACUAGUCUUGACAUGGAGAGGAUCUUACAUAAGGAAACUUUAUGCACAGACCUCACUAGAUGUGGACUACAUCCUAAAACCUUGGAUCAACUGGCUGGGAUUUCAGCAUUGGGGAAGUCUUCUAUAAGAUUCCUAGAAAUGAAAGACUAUGCAUAUACUUGGAAGUCCUAAGUGCAUUAUUUUAGUUGAUGGAGCAGGACUAGCUGUUAUUUCAUCAAUGUUCUACAGAUGCUGUUGAGCUAACCCAAACAAAUGUGGUCUCCUACAAAUGUAGCCUACUUAUAAAACCUCUUGGAUGUAACAGAUGAGAAUUUGUACAUAACAGCACUGGUAAGGCAACCUCAGGUGGAAGAACACUUUAAAUCAUCCAGCAAGAUCACUGGAGCUGCUUUCCAGCUCUGAAACAUCUUCAUUUUAUGCUUUUAAAAUAAACUUUUUAAACUAAGCCAUCUUGAAUGU